AAAAGAUUUUCUUCAUACCUGAAUCUCUCUUUUGCUCUGAACUACAAACUCCAGACUUCUUUGCAAAUCCUUGGGUAAUUUUUAGCAGGUGGUUCAAUUUCAAGGUGGGAAUGUGGGCAUGAUAAAAGGAAAAAGAGAAGAGAAGAGUUGCAAUUAGUAAUGAGUCACCAGCAGAAGGAAACACAGACUUCCAGACCCCCAUCACCACCUUAGCCAGAUAUGGGUGCUGGCUUUUGCUCUGUUUCUUCCUGCUAGAAAUUCUCCCACUGGGUGACAAAUGAAGGUCGACCUUUGAUCAACAACCAUGGAAGGAGAGGCUCCUCUUAAGGAUGAACAGAAGCAGCUGCAAGCAGGAGCCAACCAAAAAGAGGCAGAUGAAGCUCCUUUUCUCCUUUCAGAGGCCCCUCAGAAUCUAGAAGCAGAUGCAGCAAAAGUAAGACACCAUGGGAUAUUGCCAGAAAGAGGGGAGGAUGAAAACGAGAACUGUUGGGAUGGAAAUGAAUCACUGAGGCAGAAUCAGGCAGAUCAGAGGAGAGACAGAUCUCACAGAUAUCCAAGCGACGAAAUGGGAAAAACAACAAACAGGAGCAUCAGUGCUCUUCAAAGCUCAGAGAAUCAACAAAACAUCCCUCUGAGGAAAAGUCCAGUGAAAUGUCCAACAUGUCAUGCCGAGAUAAAUUUGUGUCACUAUUUGGAGGAAGGAGAAAGUUUCAGAUGGAGCCCAGAAGAGAUAAGAUUUCACACAGGGGAGAAACAGAAAUGCUUUAGCUCUGAUCUUAAAGCACCUCAACCAAUGCAUUCUGAAAAGAAAGUCUGUAAGUGCAUAGAGUGUGGCAUGAGCUUCAACAGAAGUCCAGAACUUAAAAGACAUGAAAGAAUACACACAGGAGAGAAAGCAUACAAAUGUCCUGAAUGUGGAAAGCCCUUCAGACGCAAUGAACAUCUUCAGGUACACCAGCGAAUUCAUACAGGAGAGAAACCCUAUAUAUGCGAAGAAUGUGGGAAAAGUUUCAGUCGUUCCUCAAAUUUUAAAGUACAUCAGCGCCGUCAUUCAGGGGAGAAGCCAUAUUCCUGUAAAAAAUGUGGGAAAUGCUUCACCCAGAGCAGUGAUCUUCAAGUACACCAGCGAAUUCAUACAGGCGAGAAACCCUAUAAGUGUAAAGAAUGUGGAAAAGGUUUCAGUCGUUCCUCAAAUUUUAGAAGACAUCAGCUCUCUCAUUCAGGGGAGAAGCAAUAUUCUUGUGCAGAAUGUGGGAAAUCUUUCUGCUGGAGCAGUGAUCUUCAAGUACACCAGCAAAUUCAUACGGGAGAGAAACCCCAUCAGUGCAAUGAAUGUGGGGAAAAGUUCAGCCGGAAGGCAAACCUUGUAGUACAUCAGCAAAUUCAUAUAGGAGAGAAACCCUAUAUAUGUGAAGAAUGUGGGAGGAGUUUCAGCCAAAUUGCAAAUCUUGUAAUACAUCAACGAAUUCAUUCAGGAGAAAAAUCCUAUGCAGACAAAUAAUGUGGAAAAUGUUUGAGUCAUUCCUCAGCAUUUAAAGUACAUCAGCAUUGAAGGGAGAAGUCAAAUUCUUGUGAAGAAUGUUGAAAUGUUUCGGCCAGAGCAGUAAUCUUCAAGU